AUGAAUCAGAAAGUGGUCCUGAUCACCGGCUGCUCCUCGGGGAUCGGUCUGUCCCUGGCCGUGCGCAUCGCCAAAGAUGAAAAGAAAAGGUUCAUGGUGUACGCCACCAUGAGGAACGUGUCCAGAGGAGCGGCGCUGGUGGAGGCGGCGGGGAAAACUCUGGGACGAACUCUGGAGAUCAAACAACUGGACGUGUGUGACGAGAAAUCCAUCAAAGCCUGUGUGGACAGUCUGCCCGAGAGGAAGGUUGACAUCCUCAUCAGUAAUGCAGGGAUGGGUCUGAUCGGUCCGAUCGAGUGCCAGACCAUAGAUGAGAUGAAGACCGUGAUGGACACAAACUUCUUUGGACUGGUGCGUCUGCUGCAGGAGGUGCUCCCCGACAUGAAGAAGAGGAAGAAGGGGCACAUCGUGGUCAUCAGCAGCGUUAUGGGUAUCCAAGGAAUCCUUUUCAAUGACGUCUACGCAGCUUCUAAGUUUGCAGUGGAAGGCUUCUGUGAAAGUUUAGCUGUUCAAGCCCUGAGGUUCAAUCUGAACAUCAGUCUGAUUGAGCCGGGUCCAGUCAUCACAGAGUUUGAACGUAAAGUAUUUGAGGAGGGAAUGAAGGUGGAUCUGAGCAAAGCUGAUAAAGUGACAGCGGAUAUGUUCACAAACAUCUACCUGAAGAACUACAGCCAGAUCUUUGAGACGCUCGGACAGACCCCAGAGGACAUAGCAGAGCACACUCUGAAGAUCAUCACGAUGGACAACCCCCCGUUUCGUCACCAGACAAACACACUCUACACUCCCAUGACCACUCUGAAAUACGCCGAUCCAAACGGAGACCUGCCCAUCGACACCUUCUACAAGAUGGUGUUUGAACACGACAAGGUCUUCAACGCCAGCCUCAAUUUCCUCAAGAUGCUGCGCUGGAGGAGCCGCAAGAGCUUCACCAUCGACAAGGACAAGGACAAGGACAAGGCCUCAUAA